CGUUUCUGCCACGGUGCCUUACUUCCAAUUGCUAAAAGUGGACACCAUUCAGCCAUUUCAUACCGACAGGUGACAUCUCCUAUUGCACACUAGGGUGCGAACAGGCGAGGUCCACCGGACUGUCCCAAACACCCAGAUCAUUCAGGUGGGCCACAACCCUCAACAAUCCAUUUCCGUCUGCAACCAAAAUGCCAAGUCCUCCUUUCAACCCCACGGCUUCUCGUUGUCCAGAAACCAACCUCUCUGCUUCUGUUCUGCGCACCACCUUCUCAGUCACUGACCAUGAAGGAACACAAAUGUGACACACGUUCGUUUUUGACACGCUCAUCCCGUCAGUCCGCCAAUAUCUUGUUCGUCAGCAGCGGCCGUCUCGGUUUUCAAUUAAUGCAGCGCCAUGCGAUGGCAUGCAUGACAGACUCAUAUCAAUCCAGUAAUUUGCCGAGAAUAGCUUGGCGUGCUCCAGUCUUUGCACCACAAGCUCCUAUGUGUGAGUCUCCUUGUUCGUGGUCCCCCGGUCAUCGACAGGAUGUUGUCAACCGCAAGAACGCCGAGCAUCGACUACUAUUCACAUGUUCUUCACCCAUGCGAUUCCAGCACCAACUUCGCGGCAGCGCCAUACUCUGAUUCUCUAGCGCAUCACGUUUCCCGCCGUCGUACUCGUAGAGAACGCCCUGGUACGCAGCAGUCUUCACCAUAGUUGUCACAUCCGUGUCUCUCCCACCAUCCGUUGCCCGCCGUCUGUUUCCGGACGCGGACAGGCGACCACAUGGUCGAGUGAAGACAGUCGGACGCUGCUGGCGCGCAUUGCGACUCGUAACCGGCGUCCCCUGCGUGAUGGAGCACAAGCUACGGUUCGACAACCCCAUCCGACGCGCCUGGCACCAUACAAAUUAUAGUCAGUCGCCACGAGGGCACGGUCACAGAUGAUGUUUCUAUCUUCUUCAUUAUGGUGGACAUAUCGCCGCGAAUAUUUAUUCACACACCGGCCCAGCGAACACGUCGGACGCAGAAAAAAAACCUGGGAACAGCAUGUCGGCUUAACCUUCUGCAUGCAGCAGUGAACAGGCCCGGUGCAUAACACUCCCUAGCUAUGCCAACGCUCGACGGGUCGGUAGGUAAAAGCGCAGGCACGAACGACACCGGCUUGUCUGGACA